AUGGCUGAUGAUAUAGAUGACCUAUUAGACGAAUGUGAAACGAAGUUUUGCGGGAAUUCAAAAUCUUCAUCACAGAAUCAUCCGAACAAAACAAACUCAAGAUCGUCAAAGAAGGCGACACGAAACGAGAAAAUUGGAACGAAAAGGUUUGUAGUUUUUUUUAAUAGAACUGGUAUACUUAAGCCAUAUCUAUUACGUUUACUUUUUUAUAAGGGCAGCUCUGCAAUUCUUGGGGUCUUUUUAGUUCACAGACCAAAAAUGUUGAACGCGAUGAACUCAAUGACAUGAUCAACGAGUGCAUGGACGAUGGGCCUGAAAUUCCGGAAGUUCAUGAGAAGGUAAAAGCAUAUGUUACGUGUAGUUUACUGUAGCCAACUUUUUAAAGGUAAAGAAAAUAUUCCUCUGAAAGAAAUGUAAAGAAUGUUUUUACACGUGCACACGAAACUUUUGUUUCAAAAUUAUAUAAAAAUACAUUCUUAACAUUGGUUGCCAAGGCGCCAACAGUUACAUUAAAAAACCAGAAUUGUAAAUUAGUUUACUAAGCGAGCGUUUGAUCAGAAAAGCUACGAGGUAGUUAUCCCGGUUUUUUUUUUUUUGCUGGGUGGGGAGAAUUAUUUUUACAGUGGAAGCCCUUGAGAUUACCAAAUUACUGCCCCCCCCCCUUCCCCUCUCCCGCCCCCAUCAAAACCCCUAAAUCAAAGCAAACUUUGAAAAAGAGUCCUAGGUGAUGUGUAAUAGUACUAGAUUCUCCUUCCAAAAUUGCCAAAUAUUUGUCUGUGAAAUGAAAGAAGAAUUUGGCAUUGUAUCAAGAAUCACUAAAGGCCUUAUUCUUAAUCAUAUUUAUUUAUUGCAAGAAUCAUCCACCCUUCUCUCUCAACUGCUACCUGUGCGCCUAUCAAACAUAUCAAACACCCUCUCCUAAGCUCUGAUUACUCCUAGUUAUGUAAUUAAGAAUUUAUUAUUAUCGCAGACUGAAGUGGAUGGUUGGCUCAUUCCCCCCCAUAGGUCUCUUUGUCCCUGCAAGCUUACUGCACUUUUCACAAACAUGCGAAGUCUGAAGUUCAAAAGCCAACUGACGAUUCCGUUUUUUGCUGCUAUCAAUCAUCUUAACAGACCUCUUAGAAAACAAAACUUUACUUUAAUCGGUUCAAAAGGUCAAGGUUUGAGAUUUGUGAUUGGUGGAUUUCGAACCGUUUUGUGUGUUUCUGUGUUUCCAGGUUCGUUGCUUGUGAUCGUAAUUAUGAUUGACAGCAGUGAAAAAUGCUAUUGUGAACGCGGCUUUUGAAAUUUAGAGUUCGCAUGUUUGUGAAAAGUACAGUGAUAUUUGUUUUUAAAUUUUUACUGGAAUCACAGAGGGAGCCUCUGUGGGGGAGGGGAGGUGGUGGUGGUUGAAACAAUUAACAACAAUAUAUACCUUAUUAUUUAACAAUUAAUGAAUGAGGCUGAGUAUCUUAUGAAGAAUUGUGGUGAUCAAGGAGGUUAUUAUCCGUCAAGGUUGUAGGCCGAGGCGUAUAACACCCUCCAAGAUCUCCAUAAUUCUUCAUCUGAUACGAAAGCUGAAUUCAAUAAUUGUUUUAUUAUUCAUUCAAAAUAAUUCCUAGUCUAAAAACAUAGCUAAAACAUGCUUACCUCCAUCAAUCAGAUCGAUGUUAAGUUCAUCUUCGAUAGUGCACGUUUUGGUUGUUCAGCUCGGCAAAUAUUCUCCAAAUAGCAGAUAUCGCCCUUUGAGUUGUCUUCUUGCUGUUCUUGUCAUGUUUUUAGCCAUUAUUUCACCUAGUUCCAGCUGUAGUUCUUACUCUUGAAACAAGUGAAGUGUCUGCCAUUUUAGUUUUCAGAAUGAAAGCAACUCAACCUCAUCCCCAGGUCUUCUCGGUUAACAGUGCAUUAAUCUGUAGAAGGCUACAUUUUUGAUGUCAUGUCCUCGUGAAACACAAAAUUCUUCCAAAUUUGGUCAUCAGUAAGUGGUUAUGGUGAAUUAUGCGUGUGCUUUUAGCCAAUCAGAAUCGGGGAAAUAUUUUGAAUGAAUAAUGAAGGAAAUUAAGGCUUCAUGAAAUUAACAUUUGUGUUAAUUCAAGUCCUGUUAAUUUCUGUAAAUGUUAGUUUCCACUCCAUUAAUAAACAGUUAUUGGAUGAGGUUAAGCAUGAUAUCAUGAAUUAUCAAAACCGAGGUCUGUGUUAUCAGACACGAGGUUUUGAUAAUUCAUGAUAUCAUGCAAAAACCGAAUUCAAUAAUUGUUUUAUUAUACAUUAAUAAAUAAUAAUUAAUAAUAGGCAAAAGAAGACGUUCAGCCAUUCUGUUUGUGAGGAGAACACUCCAAGUGGCUUGGUUACCAGGCAGACGUUGAACUUGACAGGAUAAAUGCAAUAUCUGCAGCAGAUAUUGCAUUUAUCAUGUCAAGUUCACAAGCUAUUAAGAAUUGAUUGAAUGCUCUUGACCAAUCAAAUUUUUCAUACUGAGUCUGAUGUAUAAUAAUUUUAUUAAAUGGAGCAUUUAUUUCCACAACCUUAAUUUCCAUUAUUUUGGCUCCGAAUUCAUGAUACACUUUUGACAUUCUUGACACCUAAGAAAGAGGGAUAUUAGAGGAGUAUUUUAUCAGGAUGGAUAUCUGCCAGUAUCAGUGAAACUUUCAAACCCUUGAAAUGGCCAGAUUUCUUUGCUUGUCCCCCUUCAUAUGUUUAGGGAAAGUUCCACUAACAAAGUUUCCAUUUUGGGUUAUAUGUUUAACUUUUAUUUCUUUGUCUCAACAAGUCUUGUUUCUUUGUGAAUGCUCCAUUAGUUUCCUUCAUUUUAAAAUGUUACCUUCUCUUUCUUGUUAAUUUUCUUUAUUUCAAAGUCGUUUUUCAUUAUGUUGCAUUAAUUGAAGUUGCUUUAAUUUCCAAAUUAUCUUAAUUUCAAGGAACAGUAGUUUCCUGUAAAAAGAUAUCUGGAAGAAUUUGCUUGAAACCUGACUUGGGGGGAAGGGGGAGAGUUUGAUGGAUCAAAGCCUUUUGGGGGUCUAAAUUUAUCCCGGAGGUUAAAGUUAGCUGCACAAAAUUUUACUCUUGUGUUGUCUUUCUUACUGUUUUUCUUGUCUGUGUAACAGCUGUGUUGGAUUUUCAUACAAGGGGAACUGUUGCUCCCGUGGCUGUAUGGGUGAGGAGUCAAGAGGGGCACUGCUCCCCCUACCACCAAUUUCUGAAAAUUGUGAUAAUUUUUAGGAGCAACUGAAUUCGAUAUGGUAAAUCUCUUGGGAGAAAAUUUAAUAAAUGUUCAGGAUUAAACUAAAAAUUAUCACAGGUGGGCACAUCAGUCAGCAACAAUUUUUAAUGGAAUUGUUUUACCCUAACACAUGAUUUUCCAUUUUGUUCUCAAGCAUUUGACACAGAUUUCCUCUUCAAGCCAAAAAGAUUCAAGUUCAUCAAGGAAGAGAUGUGUUAAGGUUUUUCUUGGAGGCUCCAAGUUUGCAAAGGGACUCUGCACUGGCUCAGAAGAGAGGUGCUUAUCUGUGAUUCAAGUUUAUAAGUGUUAUUAGUAUUAUAAACAAUUAUUAGAGGUGUAUUAUCUUGUCAUGUAAGUAUAAGAGCACACCUUCCUUCCUACAAAUGAAGCCAAAAAAAAUGUGCAUUUUUGUGGCCCGGAAGUUUAACGUGGCAUUUUUUCUGACCAAGCAAAGUAGUCAUUAAAUUGUUGACGUUAUAUUAUACCAGCAUUUUAGCUUUUGGUACCAAAAGAGUUACCACUUUUUAGUUGAGAAAUGCAUAAACUGGUAAACUGAAGGUUUGAAAUUUUCACCACUCAAGAUACUGAAUGUCCUUGACAGCCUUGGCCAAAAAAGAAUGCAGGGUACAAAGAAAGUCAGUUUUACAGCCUGCCAUUCGGGCAAGCUGUAGCUAGCAUGUUCUAGCCCACAAGUCAUUUUAACCAGCCCCAAAACCCUUUUUGAUUAGCAGGAUUGAUUACAAUCCUUCUGUAAUUUGAAUUUCAAAAAAAAAAAACAGCACUUGCCUGUCGGGCAAGUUAAGAACAAAAAUCACCAGCCCGAUAGCAAAAUCCAGUAGCCCUGGGCUAGUGUAUCGGACACGACUGUUCUUUGCACGCUGGAAUGAAUAUUCCAAUGCGAUGAUAUUGAAGCUUUUUUAAAAAAUUGAUCAGAAUAAGGAUUAGCAGAAAAAGGGAGUUGGUGCUUUUUAUUAGUAACUUUUGAUAACUUCAGUGCUACUUGUUAAUUCUUGUUCUGAAUUGCCUUGCAUGUUCCUGUGAACCUACUGGAGAAUUUAAUCAUACAUCAAUGCUGAAAAGUUAAUACUGGGUCUUUUGGUAUUUAGAGCGUUAUUUAAAUUUGUCUAAGUUGUCUUCUUUUUUGUUUCUAGAGUGUGCGACAAGCUACGUUGUACAUCGUGCGACUUCAAUGUGGUCAUCCUUAAUGACUAUGAAUGGCAUGAAGACUGUGAUUAUUUAUUCUUUAGAAACAAUAUACCAGACUUUGAUAAACUUAAAAGCAAGCUUUCAAGGAAACGAGGUAAUUGA